CUAUCCUCACUACUAUCGACUACUGUCUGUUACAGCAUAGCACACGACAGACAAAUGCAAUGGCGGGAGACAACAAAAACACACACCAAUGCAACAGGAAUUCUCAGAAAGGCUCGGUUUCGGUCUUCAAGCAAGUCUUUUCCCGCCACAAACGAAAGGGGAACGACCCCAACCGAAUCGACGAUCUCUUCCUAGGCGAUGGUGUCGGCACACAAACAAGUGCAAGCACGSGUCCCUAUGGAAGCGAAGCACACGGCACGGUUCCUCCCCAAGUGGGUGCCCAGAACGUAACCGCACCGAGGCCAUCGCCGGAGGCAGAGGGCGUCAUCGACGUUGUUCGGAUCCGGGUCUUCCAAGCCCACAACAAGGGSCGAAAACGGAAACGAGUCGAUUCAUCGUCACCAGCUGUGUGUUCCGACCAAGACAAAGAUGCAGACGCAKACGCAGAUGCGGAUGCAGAUGCGGAUGCAGACGAAGACAAAGUCAUCCCCUACUGCUGCUUCGGACACKACCUCGUCUUUCCGGUCCAGGCAACAGCUCAUACCCCUCUCGGGGAUUCCGACGGAUAUCAAACAACACGUACUGAUACUGCCACUCUCGGCUACAACGGUGUCACGGCCAGCAAUUCUGUGAAAGCGUUGGAUAGAGACAACAACAAUCUUUCUUCAACACCAAGGAUACUAAUAAGCGGGUACGGUUUUCACGAAUUUCCCGGAGUCUACCUUUAUCCCGGGGCAUUAGRCAAGRAUCUCUGCCUGGAGCUGGCCCACAAGGCAGUGACGGAAUACUGUGAGCGUCCGGUUGGCACCAACAGCAAUUGCAACACUUCGACCAACAGCAACAAUUGCAACAGCGAAAACCAUAAUACUAGCUGUCACCAUCGGACCAAUAUCGAUUUGCUCCCCCCAAAGCCGGAGGAACGUAUCAACCACCAGAGACAAACCUCCACCGGGGAUAAUGGUAUCGAUGAACGAAUGUGGACCUUGUGGAAAGAGGAACUGCGGGACAAGCCCCUAGUCCGGGAGACCAAAAACCAAGCGCGGCUGCUGCAGAAGAUCCGAGAGGCGUCGAAGCAGACACCACCAAUCCUAGAAGGGAAUGGAAAUUCUGGAGGAGGAAGGCCCAUCGAAACGAAAGCAAAGGCGAACGUCAAAAAGUGCGAAGGCAACAAAAAAAGCGGCAGCAACCAUCCCAMACACAAAUUUUACCGUCGGUUUGCGAAGCUGUCGUGGGCGACCAUGGGGUACCACUACGACUGGACGGAGCGAUCCUACCAUCCUCAAAAGAAAUCCUUUGUGCCGGAGUUGGUGGCCCGUGUGUCGACCCUCUUCGCCACCGCUCAACCCUUCCCCGCGUCCGGUGGCGAACCAACGGGCAGCACUGACAGCAGCAACAACAACAGCAUCCAUCGUGGCAAGAGUGACCGGGAGGUGGGAGGAGUUGAAUCCUCGGCGUUGCAAGCCGCAACAGCAGGAGCUGGAGCUUCCAAAUCCUCCUUCUGCUUUACACCAUCGGCCUCCAUUGUCAACUACUACACCACAAAAUCGACCAUGGGCGGGCACCGAGACGACCUCGAAGAUCCAGGGGCAAUGGACAAACCAAUAAUUUCUAUUUCUCUCGGGCUUCCGGGAAUUUUCGUGAUCGGUGGGCCCAGCAAGGACGAGUGCACUACUCCCUUCGAUAAGGACAACGAGGCCUCGCCCGAAAAAGGGAGGACCGCCGGUUUGCCCACAAMGACCGGCGGAAAGGCCGGAGACGGCGAACCACUGCUGCCUCCCGCGAGCCCUGYUCCCCACCCCGUCCGGGCCGUGUUGCUGCGGCAGGGAGACGUGCUGGUCAUGGGGGGUCCCUCGCGGCUGAACUACCACGCCAUGGCACGGGUGUUGCCGCACGCGGCGGCGGCCGCCUACGAGCAGCGCGGGAUCGGAGCCAYCGAGCGACAACCGCAUGCGGGGACCGCGGAWCACAACCACAACUACAACAAUGCACAAGGCAMCGGAGAAGAGCAGGACCAGCACUKGCGUCUACCUCGCACGGGAGCAGGGAGUGGUGGCAAYGRGAUUUCGAGGCAGGACCUAGGGUUACAGGCGGUUUCCCAGCACUGGAUCCAAACGGCCAGCACGACAUGCACCGAUGGCAUGACAGGUGCACCAUCUCCGGCUCGGAGCAAACCUGCCUGGAUCCAGGGCGGGGAAGAUUAUUUCUUGAACGAGUACCUCAAGCUCCAUCGCAUCAACAUCAACGUCCGACAGGUGUAUCCGGAYGGGAUCGAAGAAGGCAAGCCGAUGGAAACAGGCUCGUGCUAAAAUAAAUCGCGGUGUAGAACUAAUAAAAAACAAUGCAACAC